AUGGGCGAUGCUGCUGUGGCUGAUGCCGCUCCGCCGGGGUUGCAUGUGCCGAGGUUGUACCAGGAAGAAGCGAUGGAUGCUGCAGGUGAGUGCUGGACGGCUUUGGUCGACGCUGUUUUUUUCGUUUUUCGCUGGAGGGGCAGCCCGGAGACCUGGCUCGGCGCUGAUCGAGUGCCAAUUGGACCCUCGCAAUCACCGCGUGCGAUCUCACCCGGGCUCGUGUCGAUGCGGAUGCAAUAGUCAAGCGCAACAUCAUCUGCAGGAUGGACACCGUAAGCUUGUAUUAUGAUUAUGAUCGACUGGCAUGGCGUGCAUGAGACUGCAGCGACUGACGACUGGCUCUUGGUGUCCGAACACCCCCCCCACCUGAUCACCCGCUCAACGUCCUUAUUUGGCUCGCGACUAUACCACACAGGGAACAGGAAAGACCCUGAUCGCGAUCCUAUUGACUCGCCACAUCACCUCGCAACCCGUCCUCGCGAGUGAACGCAAAGUGCACCGCCUCGUCGUCUUCAUCGUCCCGACCGUCUCGCUCGUCGACCAAGUCGCCGCCGUCCUCCGCAGGCAGACCACGCUCACAGUCGCGACCUUUAUCGGCGCGAUGGGCGUCGAGUACUGGAAGAGGGAGCAGUGGGUCGCCCAUCUCGCCAAUGCGCACGUCGUCGUUAUGACGGCUCAGAUCUGGCUCGACAUCCUGACCAAUGCCUAUUGGGACUUGGAAAGGGUCAGUACGAUCCUGGUGUAGUGGGAUCGGUUGGUGCGAUUGACUGAUGGUACGACACUAUCACUCCGCAGGUCUCGUUGAUCGUGUUUGACGAAGCACACCAUUGCUCGAAGCGGCAUCCCUACGCCCAAAUGUGAGUUCUCGUGCCCGUUGCGAUCAAAGCGACGAAGCGACCCAAACUAGCACGUGACUUCGUUAUGAAUGCACCAAGUGCCCGAGCGCUGAUCGUCCUCUUCGCGUGGGAUGAUUGGUCUUGAUUCAGCAUGAAGGAUCAUUACCAUCCUCGAAAACUGGCCGGUGACAAAGUACCUCGAAUCUUGGCCCUCACCGCUUCGCCCAUCUUCAAUGCCAAGAGCCCCGAAAAGUCGAUCAGCGAGCUCGAAGCCAAUCUCGACGCUCGCAUCUACGAAGUAUCCUCCCGUCACGCGGACUCGAUCCAGAAUGCUGCUUCGAAACCAAAGGAACGCCUCUCAUUGAUUGCGUUUCAACCGUCUUCCGACGGCAUUACGCCGAGCGAGACCAUCUUCUGUCGCGAAGUCGAACACGCGACAGAUCUCGAGCUUGACCGACGUAUCCCCGCCAGGAUCGAUCUCGUCCGACGAAAGUUCGGUAAGGCGGGAUUAGCGAUCUACUUGUCCCAGCUGGCGAAGGAUCUCAAGCUCGCCGUCUCGGUACAAGAUAGACUGGAAGCUCUCGUUCCGGCGAGUAUCGAUGUCGACGAUCUCGCGACUCACGCUCGCGCUUUGGUCGACGUCUUGGCGAAGUAUCGGGACCGGCCGGAAUUUCACGGGAUUUGCUUCAUGGAAGCGCGCCAUGACACCCAGAUCUUGACUCAGGUCUUGAGGCGAGUCGAGUCGUUCGAUUGGCUUAGGCCAGCGUUCCUCGUUGGCCACGGCGAUCAAGGCAAGGCCGAGAAUCUCGCGAGCUCAGGGAUGAAAGUCGCAGAACAACAAUGCGUCGUCGCUGCGUUCCGCACGGGCGAAGUCAAUCUUGUUUGCGCAACCAAGGUCGCAGAAGAAGGGCUUGACUUCCGUGCUUGCAACGUCGUCAUCCGUUUCGAUGGUCUGCAGACGAUGACGGGGUACAUCCAGUCGCGUGGACGUGCGCGCGAGAAGAAUUCGGACUUUGUCGUGCUCGCCCAGCCCGGAUCGAUCGAGGAGCAAGUAUUUCUGAGGUGUCAGAAGAUGGAACCAGAACUUCGAGCAAUGUACGGUAGCCGGACCGAGUUGCCCGAGAUUGAUGAGGACGACGGACCUGAGCUGCCCGACACGCCGGUUUAUCGCGUUCCCGAGACCGGCGCGCUGCUGACUUACGGCACGGCCAUCCCCUUGCUCUCCGAGUACUGUUCUCUCCUGCGUGCGGACACUUAUUCCUCAUGGCAAAGACCAGACUACAAGAUCGAGGCGCAAGGGAGGGACGACUUCGGUCGUACUCAAUGGAAGUGCGACCUCGCGACGCCGAUGAUUCACGCCUUUGGCGGACUGCGCACUUUUCAUUCUGAACCUUGCCCGUCGAAACGCGUCGCCAAGCAGUCCGUCGCGUUCCAAGCUUGUCUAGCGCUGCACACGGUCGGUGCUAUUGACAAGUGGAUGCUUCCGAUACGAGAGCGACUUGGCCAUUCGGGUAAGGACGCCUACGGUCGAGCCUUGGACGAUUUUGAGAAACCCGAGCCCGAGGUGCGACUCGCCUUCCACAACUUGCUUGGCGUUCCCGGUCGCUCACAGGAGGCAACAGAGACGUUGCACGUCGUCGAACUGUCUCCCGCUGUCGGCGAACCCUAUCGAAUCGGCUUCGUCACGGAUCGCUGUCUCGGAUCGAUUCUAGCGGACGCCAAGGAUCUCGUCUCUCCUGAAGGCGACAAGAUCGUCAUGAAAGUUGUCGCAGCUCAAGCGAUCCAAUGGGAGUCACAAGACCAGCGCCAGGCACGUUUGAGUUUGCUUCAGGAGGUCAAUCGGCAAAUGACGCGGGCCGUCAUCAAUCGACGCAUCCCUUUCAAUGCCGAUUUUGAGCUUUUAUGGGCUCCUCUCGAACAAACUUCGUCCACGAUCGACUGGGACAUGCUCGAUAAUGCCUUUGUUCCGGUCGAUACCAACGCUGUCGAGCCUGGCUCGCGUAUCAUUGUUCUCAGCUCUGGAACGUGUCACGUCGCUCGGCUCGAUGAAGUGAGGAAGGAUGUGACGACCCGCUCGGACUCGAUGGCUAUCGAUGGAACGGCCCAAAAGAAGCGUUUGAGGCUCAUCGAGCGAUACCCAGCCUGGUGGAUCUUCAUCAAGGUCGCGUACAGGUACCACGGCUUGGAAGAAGACACGGACGAGCAGAUUUUGACCGUGACCUCGGUCCCGGUGGCGAUACCGAACUACCUCUGCUCGCCACUGAUCAAGGAGGGUGAACAAGGGGAUUUCGUGCCCCGUACGACGACUCGAAAUUACCCCGUCAGCAUGUGUCGCACCUGCAAGCUCGACGAACGCUUCUGGGCCUUCAUCCCCAUGAUCCCCUCGCUCGAGAGGCUGAUCACCGAUAUCCUCCGCGUCUCGAUCACUGCCGAGCUUUUCGACAUCUCCAUGGUCGAUAGGGACCUGCUGCGUCAGGCUUUGACCCCCCCAAGCGUCAUGGCCGGACCCAACUACGAGAUCCUCGAGACCGUCGGUGACUCCUUCCUCAAGCUCGCUACGACGGUUCACAUCUACUUCCAGUUCCCUGGAGCCGACGAGGGACGACUUUCGGUCGUACGUCAGAACAGUGUCAGCAAUACGUUCCUGCGUGCGCUAAACCUCGCCAAAGGCUACUCGAAUGCGAUCCUCGCCCGCAAGUUCUUGACUGCGCAUUGGAUCCCCGAACAUGCCGAGAUCCCACCGCCGGAACCAAGCGCCGAAGAAUCUACCCGAGGAGUGGAGCCCAAGAUCCUAGCUGAGGAUCCGAGGAUCGCUGCUGCCGAUGCGGUGCAGAAAAAAAUCGGCCGCAAGACGCUUGCAGAUGUGAUUGAAAGCACGUUGGGUGCUGCGAUCAAGACCGGUGGUAUGCCCCUAGCCUUGCAGGUCGGAGAACAAUUUGGGCUCUGCUUCGGUGGCGUGACGCCUUGGCAUCUUCGCGAAGGGGCGGCGCGAAUCGCCGCAAUUCCUGCGACCGAAGUGCCCGUCGGAUUGCUCGACCUCGAGCGUCGUCUCGGCUACAAGUUCGAACGACACGGCCGGCUGCUCUUGCAAGCUAUUACCCAUCGAUCAUGUCGGGCUGCCACCACGUAUUGCUACGAACGUGAAGAGUUUCUUGGCGACGCCUUGCUCGACUAUUGGGCCACCGACCGCAUCUUCAAGGUGUUCGAGAACGCUACUCCGAGGCAUCUCACCUUUAUGCGUGCCCUUCUAGUUUCAAAUCCGACACUCGCAUUCCUCUCCAUUCGUAAGCUCGACUUGCACAAGACGAUUCUCCACGGAUCGGCAUCGCUCGAGCUCGCGAUGCUCGAGGCUCAGGAGCAGGCCGAAUCCAUGACGUGGGCGAUGGUUCUGACCGGUGACAUGACUUGGUUGUGGAGCCCGCCCAAGGUUCUGGGUGAUGCGUUUGAGGCCAUCUUGGGGGCCAUCUUCCUUGAUGGUGGCUGUCGACUCGAACCUGUCUUUGCCACGCUUGACCGGAUCUACGCCGAGGUGAUGCCAUUGAUGCGUAAUGUGGAGACCAGGGUCGGUCACAUUUGGACCAAAGCGAAUCCGAAGAACCUUACUGACAUGCCCUGGUUUCUGAUGACCAGGACCCGCUCAGUCGUUUGCUCAUUCAUUCGCAAGCCAAUGGUUGUCAAAAGACCAGAGUCAAAGUCGCUCGAGUCCCCGACGCGGUGGUGCGCACCUACGAAGCUACGGCGAUGAUCCACGACGUUAUCGUCGCAACUCGACUGAAUGGUUCCCAAAACGUCGCACGCCAACUCGCCGCUCGUGACGCUCUCGAGUUGCUCGAGAAGGAAUCGAAAGAACAAGUUGCACCGACAAAGUCGUUCGUCGAGGCGCCUUGCACUUGCCGAGAAGAGGCUGAGGCGGCGAGGGUCGAAGCGGAGAGGCUGAAGAGGGCCGAAGAGCUUGACGAGGAGAAGGGAUUGAUUGACGACGUGGCCAAUGAUGGUGGAUUGGCUGAUGCGUUGGCUGCGAGGCAGGCUCAGUUGAGGACUCUUGGGGACGAGGAGGAGGAGGAGGAUCACGACGAGGAUGGGGAAGAGGAGCAGUCAUCAGAACCCGAGGUCGUAUCGAAGGGCCAUGCUGCGGCCGAUGCGAUGAAUGUCGAUGGGACCGAGCCUAUCUCGAAUGGCGCGGAAGGUGAGAGAAUGAUCUGUUGCAGUAACAGCACUCCAAUGAAGGGAAAAUUCGCGCCUGCACUAAAGUGGGCAACUUCCCUUUCACUAGAUUCCCCAGCACGGGCUUUUAAACGUGUACGCAGCUACUAG